AUGGACACUCUCCACUACGAUACGCAUGUCGAUAGAACCGCUCAGCCCUCCGACGUAUCGCGCUCACGUUACCAACGAAACGCAACCCUACCUUUGACCUCAGGUCAUCUCGAGACUUAUUUCAAACCCAGAAGGCCACUUCACUACGACAACGAGUUUGGCGGUGGCCCGGAUAUCUUCAUCGCCGACGUUAAAGGCGAAAGUCGCCCAGCACACGAUGAUGACUACGGAAAUGGGCAGAUCACCGGUCUGGAAAGCAGUCGGAGCGAUGAAGAGUCUUCGAUACACAAAGUUGAAGAUAUGGGCUUCGAAGCAGCUGCGAACCAUCGCCUAAGGGUUUCCUCGAUACCAAGCGACUACGAUUCCAUCGUAUCCAAUUCUCUUGGAGAAGUGUUUCUCGAACGCGAGCAACGCCAAGCUGCUUACAUGCAGAAGCCGCCAGAAGCGACGUCCGUACAGUGUCGCCUACGGAAACAAACGGAAGAAUCCUUGGACUCGUGUCAGUCUGACGAGAUGUCGGCGCAAUAUCUGCCCAUGGAUUCGUUCGAAACCAUAUUCAAUCUCAAAUCGAUCGUGUUACUCUUGGACGAAACCUACAGUCCCGCAACAUCCCAGGUCAAUCCAAUGUUUGCUUUGAAAGCUAUACAGGCCGAGGAUCACAAAGCCUACAGAGAAGAACUCUCUGCACUCGAGAAAACUUGCACGCAAUUACAGAAAGAAAAGCAUUUGAUCAAGCUUCUUCUUACAUUUCAACACGGAUCGCAGUAUUACCUCCUCUUCGAAUGGGCGGACGGCGACCUCGCACAGUUCUGGAAAAGAUAUUCCUCAAGACCACCGUCUAUCCUGGACGAGAGAUGGGCUGCCGAACAAUGUUUGGGUCUUGCAAAAGCAGUCAGUCGAAUUCAUGGACUUACUACGUGGCAGAUGAACGAAAGGUCAUCCUCAUUUAGUUCGCUUAUCAAAGCCGAGCGCCAUUGGGGAAGGCACGGAGACAUCAAGCCUGAGAACAUCCUAUGGUUUCAGAACCACGGACGUGAUCCUAAUCUCCUCGUGAUAUCCGAUCUUGGUCUCACGCGCUAUCAUUCCCAAUUCUCGAAGUCGGUUGUUCCGCGCUCAGAUAUCGAUGGCCAUACUCUGGCUUAUCGACCGCCCGAUCUCGAUAUGGACGACAAGAUCUCCCAAAGAUACGAUAUCUGGUCCUUGGGAUGCGUAUUCUUAGAGUUCUGCGUUUGGUAUCUCCAAGGAUAUGAUGAAGUUGCGAAAUUCAGUUUCGAUAGGGAGGACGAGGAUGUGAUCACUUACGAACAUGUGUAUACUGACAAGUUUUUCAAUAUCGAGCAGACGGAAGAUGGACACAAGGAACCGCGCGUGAAAAAGGCUGUUCAAGAGCGAUUGGAAACAUUAAAGGGCUUAAGUGCGCAGACUACCUUUGCGAAAGAAUUGCUCUACAUUAUCGAGAAGAAGAUGCUUCGAUGCGCACCCGGUAAUCGGGAAAUGAUUAACGUUAUCAAGACUGAUCUUUCGGAAAUUCUGCAUGCCAUUUUGAAACAAUCAAAUUCCGAAGACGUCUCACAAGAUCUUGCUGGCAUCAAAAGGGACAACUCUGCCCCAUCCUUAGACGCGCCAAGGAAUAUAAGCAUUGAAGACACGCGCCAGUCGACCACCGAGAGCCCAGAUACGCCCACAGAAGAUGACAAGGACGACGGUAUCGUUAUGCGCACGAGGUCUCAAAGACUGACACGUGAGAAUCGCGAGCGAAGUGAGGUUCGUCAAAAUCUCGCACCGGGCACAGAUGCGCAGGCCGCGUGGGCAACACCUGCAGCGGAUGCAGUAACGGAGACACCCCCUCAGAGGACGAACAUCCAGCCCUCGGAAGAAGUGCUGGAGCCGGGACAGACGGAAGCAUCGCACGGGCACGCCGCUGGCUCUGGUCUACAUGAAUCCUCGGCCACAACUACGAAGAACAAGAUAAGGCAACGUGUUAGCCAGAGGUCAAGGAAGUGGCUCCGAGAACAUUUGAUACAACUCAAACGCAUGUGGAAAAGUUGA